CCCAUUAAUACACGUGAGAACGAAGAGGAAGCAGCGUUUAGCUUUGCUUUUCAGUUUGUAAAUUAACUAUUUUUGCUGGAAACGAGUUACAAUAUGAAAAAGAAGCAAAAAGUUGUCGAGGAGCCAGAACAGAUAAAUCCUUUGGGUUUGGCUUGUGAUGAUGACAAAAAGGAGGAGGAGGAAAAUGAGCCCCUGAUUAAAGCCAAGAGGCUCAAACCUGAGGAGGAGGAGGAGGUGGUCUAUCACCCGGUGAAACUCUCUCGAAAUGACCUCUACAGACCUCCAACUGCAGAGGAGCUGAACCAGCUGAAAGAAGCUGAAACUCUGUUCCACUGCAGCCUCCUCAAAAUGCAGAUGGAUGAGCUGCUGAAAGAGGUUGUCCUUGGUGAGCGCAGGAAUCAGCAAAUCAGUUCCUUCAUUCAGACAGUCACCAAUCUGCUCCAGAAUGUGCCGACGUCACCAAAAGUUGAAGUUAAUGACCUAUCUUGGCUGUCUGGCGCAGUGAAAGUGCCUUUUCUUCUCAUGCCCAAAACAACAAAGGGUAAGUUCCACAUGGCAACUCCAGCAUCCAUUGAUCUGAUCGGGAGCUACCCGCUGGGCACCUGCAUCAAACCGAACAUUAAAGUGGACCUGGCUGUCACAAUGCCAGCUGAGAUUCUCCAGCCAAAAGACUUUUUAAACCAGAGGUAUCCAAGAAAGAGGGCUCUUUACCUGGCAGGACUCGCCCAGCAUCUGACAUCCUCCCCUGAGAUCGGGACGAUGCGUUUCUCCUCUCUCCAUGGGAACAGGCUCCGACCUGUUCUGCUGUUGACUCCUCCGGGCAAAGACUCCUCAAGGUUCACUGUCUGUGUUCAUGUCUGCCCGCCUCCUGGAUUCUUCAAACCCAGUCGUUUCCACCCGGACAGGAAUAAUGUCAGGACAGAGUGGUACACCGGACUGCAGACACCUGAGAGCAGCGAACCUCCCACUCCACACUACAACAGCUCUGUUCUGGGGGAUUUACUGCCCAGGGCUCACCUGCAGUUUCUUUCUGCUGUCGGCGCUCAGUGCUCAGCUUUCUCUGAUGGAGUGGCUUUGCUUAAAGUCUGGCUUCGUCAAAGAGAGCUCAACCAGGGCACUGGUUGUUUUAAUGGAUUCCUGGCCUCAAUGCUCAUGGCCUAUCUGCUGGUCACUCACCGAAUCAGUAACACCAUGACAGCCUAUCAGCUGCUUCGAAACAGCUUGAAUUUUCUGGCUUCUACAGACCUGACUGUGAACGGAAUCAGCCUAGCCAAAGAUCCGGACUCCACAGCUCCAUCUCUCGUGGACUUCCACAGUGCUUUCCAGGUUGUGUUUGUUGACCCUUCAGGACAUCUUAACAUGUGUGCUGAAAUGACCGCUUGUACCUACAAACAGUUGCAGCAUGAGGCAUCGCUUUCAUUGCAGUUCUGGGAUAACCCCACAGUAGAUGGGUUCCAGUGCCUCCUUAUGACCCCCAAAACCAUUAUAAGGACAAGUGACCAUGUCUUCCAGUUGUGUGACUUGGUGAAGCUUCAGACCAGCUGUAAGAAACAGAAUCUGAUGAGCGAGCUGAUGGACCGCAGUGGGAAUUAUAUCCAGACUGCUCUGCGUUUUAUUCUAUCUUUGCUCCAGCAAGGACUUGGCCAAAGGAUUCACCUCCUAACCCACUCCCUGUCACCUGACACUGAGUGGUCUGUAGAGAGUGAAGCCCCAAAGUACAAAGCUCAUCCUCCCCUCUCCUUUGGUUUGCUCUUAAGGCCAGAGCUGGCUGCUUCUGUCCUUGAAAGAGGCCCCCCUGCAGACAACCCCAAGGCGGCUGAGUUUCGUCAGCUGUGGGGCCCUCGCUCUGAGCUGCGUCGUUUCCAGGAUGGUGCGAUCACCGAGGCUGUGCUGUGGGAUGGAAACAGCAUGUGGCAGAAGCGGCUCGUCCCUGAGCAGAUCAUCACACACUUGCUCCAGCUUCACGCGGAUAUCCCCAAAUCCUGUGUGCGGUAUGUCGGAGCGCUUGUUGAUGACGUCAUCAAAACGGGAUGCCAGGUGCCUAGUACUGGAGAGGAGGAGAGUUUGCUGGUAGUUCAGUCUUAUGAUGACCUUAGCAGGAAGUUGUGGAGGCUGGAAGAGCUGCCUCUAACUGUUACUGCCCUUCAAGGAGCCCACCCAGCUCUUAGAUACACACAGGUCUUUCCCCCUGAACCAUUAAAGCUGGACUAUUCCUUCUUUGACAGAGAAAAGACUUCAAGAUCAUUGGUGCCAAAGGAAGACAAACCAUGUCCACAUUAUGUAACUCCUAUCACAGUAAUCUGUCACAUGGAGGGGAGUGGAAAAUGGCCUCAUGAUCGCCUUGCAAUUCGCCACAUUCGAGCUGCGUUCCAUAUCCAACUGGCAGAGUUACUCAAGAAGCACCACAAUUACACAUGCAAGCCAUGUCCCACACACCUGGAUGUGUGGAAGGACGGAUUGGCGUUUCGAAUUCAAGUGGCGUACCAUCGCGAGCCACAGGUUUUACGGGAGAGUGUGAAUGCUGACGGGCUGUUGGUGGUCAGGGACAAUGAGGAGGCUCAGGCUCUGGAGAUGAUCACUAUUCACAAACCUCUUCUUACCAGCACAUUACAUGGUCUCCAGCAGCAGCACCCGUCUUUCGGAGCAGUUUGUCGCUUGGCUAAACGCUGGUUGGCGGCUCAGCUCUUCAGUGAUGACAUCACAGAGGACACAGCAGAUCUGCUGGUGGCAUCGCUCUUCCUGCAGCCUGCACCCUUUACUCCUCCAGGCUCUCCUCAGGUGGGCUUCCUGCGUUUCCUCCUUCUGCUCUCAUGCUUUGACUGGAGGAACAACCCGCUGGUAGUCAACUUCAACAGCCAGCUCACAGCUGCAGACUACACGGAGAUCAAGAAUGACUUCAUGGCGUCGAGGGACUCUCUGCCUGUCAUGUUUAUAGCGACGCCUAAAGACAAAAAGUUGUCUUUGUGGACCAGACGAGCACCAAGCAUACAGAUGCUGCAGCGUGUGAUGGUGGUGGCUGCAGAGAGUUUGAAGGUCCUGGAACAUCAGCUGAUGGAUGGAAGCCAGACACAAGAUGUGAGGGUGAUUAUGCGGCCUCCAUUGGAUGCCUACGAUGUUUUGAUUCAUCUGAACCCGAAGCAAGUUCCUCUUCUCAGUCGAGCUGUGGACCCACCAACUGUCACCUUCAGCAGGGGUGUAAUUACAGACGGCACACCCCAGUCUGGAGGUGCCCUCCCAGUUAUCGACUACAACCCUGUGUCCCUGUACCUGAAUGAACUAAGAGAGGCAUUUGGAGACCUGGCCCUCUUCUUCUGUGAUCCCUACGGUGGAACGGUGAUCUCCGUUUUAUGGAAACCAAAGGCUUUUGUUCCUGCACCCUUUAAGACAUCCCAGAUGACUGCCAGAACUGCGAAGGUGACUGGUGAAGAAGUCAAAACCGUUCCAAAUGUUGAAGCCAUAUUGGAGGACUUUAAAGUCUUGGGCAAAGGUUUGGUCAAAUCAGUGGAAGCCAAAUUUGAGAAAUGGACCUUUUAGAUCCAUAAACUACUCCCCCCAGAUUUGUUCAUUGUGAAACUGAGAUGAAACAUUGAUACUGUGGGUAGAACAGGACUAUUGUUGAUACAUGAAUACUGUUCAGUCUCGUUAACAUUAAUAUGUAGAGAUAGUAAAAUACAUGUCCUUUGUUUUAAUGAGGCUGCAUCAUAUUUUAAUAAAUUUUGUAUCCUUUGGAUUUAAACCAA